UGUUGCAGGCUCACCCCGUUCAGCGUCGGGAGUAUUUUGUGCGGGAGAAUCGCCUCAUUGCCGAAUAUCGGCGAAGCGAUGGACCGAUUGGCGUGGCUCGUUCUCACCGUCUUCUUAGCACUGUCACUCUACCAUUUCUUCAUCGUCCAAUUGAUAUACUUCUUCAUCGUUCGCCAGAAUCCCUUCGCGUAUUACGCUCAGCUGGCGCCUUCCUUGCUCACCGCUUUUGCCACCUCUUCCAAAGCUGCGUCGAUACCGAUAACUUUCAAAGUUCUGGAGGACGAAGUGAAGAUGGACAAGCGGAUCACCCGAUUCGUUCUGCCGAUCGGCAACUUGAAUCUGAACGGAUCCGCGGCGCACAUGCCCAUCAGCCUCCUUUUCAUCGCUCAACUCAACGACAUCGAUCUCGGGGUUGGAGACUACGUUAAUUUGCUGUGAGUAGAAGCAUCACGA